AUGAUUGGAUACGUGACAAUAGACGUUUACGGAGCAAACAUGGACAGCGCGUCACGACAUGCUCAACGUUUGGCCAACAACUUUCUGGACGAUCUGGACACCAUGCAGCGUGCCUCUCGUGCCCGUGAUCGACGAGCUAUGAGCCACUUGGAAACGGGAGUACGAAGUACAUCAGUCUUCGAAAACAUGCACAGUCCGAUUCGACGCCGUCGCAGUCUGACCACAACUCGAAUCCAAUGCGGUCCACCCACGGAAUUGCAUUACACGUGGCCAGCUCCUCCCACCACGGACUAUCCGACCAUUUACCGACGACCCCGAAUUGUUCGACAGUAUGCUCCUUCUGUGAUGAUGGUCGGAAAAUCCGUCUAUUCGGCACCAGUCACACGUGUCUCUUACUAUCCACCUCGAGCAGAUUGGGUCUCUCAGGGAUCCAAUGUGUAUGACACGCAUCGGGAUUGGCGCAGUCGUUUCUGGUAUGACCAGAUUGUGGCAAAUCCGGAGCAGGCGUUGCCUACCUCCUCGUUGCGGGCACACUCCCCGCCGAAACAGCACAUUUUCUCUCCGGAAGAACCAUUUCCACGUGUUAUCCAUACUGCAGUGAGCCGACGCACGCCAUUGCACUCGACUCGUCUACGAUCGGUUCCACCACCCACUGUCACGAGCACCUAUCGUCCAAUUUUCUACACCUCGGAUAUCGGAGUGCCAGCUUCAGCUCCACGUACCUACUAUCGAACGCAUAGAUAUGUAUCUGAGACACCGUACUAUCUUUCGUCUUAUACCACACGAACUUCCGAGCCAACCAAACCGAUUUUGAGUACGCACUACACCUCAGCUCCGGCCCCAGUGACACAUCGUUACACCUACUAUCAUCCAUCGGUUGUGACGGGUAAAGUUUACACACCAUACCGGACUGGAUCGUACAGUUAUUUGACACCGGAAGUCCAACACGAACGUCGUCGCAUCGAGCGCCGAAUGGACGACCUAUUGGAUUACAAGUUGCCCUCACCGGAAUACUUCCGAGAUAUGCGAGGGUCCUUGCGUCAUUUGCAAGACCGCUUGGAUGAGCACCGUCGCUUGGUCGACAAGUACUCAGGCAUCGACAUGAACGUGGCUCCCAGCUCCGUGGAGGAUCGGAUCGAGUCAAAGUACCAGCAACUGGCCAGCAGAGUCGCCUGUCUCGUGGAUUUGCAAGCUUUCGAAAAGAACAUGCCUCAUCCGGAUGCAGACUCGCGAGAGAGUUUAAGAAGACUGUUGCAAAUUCGGAGCGUUAGCUAUACAGAUUUUUGA